CUGGCCGUACCAGGAAGCAGCUCAGCUGUCAGUGAAAUCCGUAACUGUGCAGAUGCUGCCCGAGAGCUGAGGGAGAGAGGUCUGGGAGGCAUCCCUGGUGUCAGGACACCAAUAUCUGGAGAGCACCUGAGAAUAUGCCCCCAGGAGUACACGUGUUGCCCAAGUGAGACGGAACAAAGACUGAGUGACGAGAGCGUGAGAGAUCUGGCCCGUAUCGUGAACGACAGCGUCAGUUACCCAAUGGGGGUAUUAACGGGGGCGAGAAGAAGAUUCCAGGAGUUCUUCCUCGCACUCCUUGACUCUUCUGAGCAUUCCCUCUCCACCAUGUUUGUACUUUCCUAUGGACGCCUGUACUCCCAGAAUGCCGUUCUCUUCAGUACUCUCUUCUCGGAGCUGCGUGCAUUCUACAUGGGUGGAGGAGCCCCCAGAUUGGCCGAAGCGCUCUCCGAAUUUUGGGUCGGACUGUUGGAGCGCAUGCUCCGUCUCCUGCUUCCUCAUUACGAGCUGAGUGCCGACUACAUGGAGUGUGCUGUGCGCAGAGCUGACGAGCUGAGCCCUUUUGGUGAAACGCCAAGAAGACUUCGACUGCAGAUAACACGGGCAUUGGGAGCGGCUAGAACACUGGUGCAAGGCUUGGCCACGGGAAGUGACAUCGUCAACAGAGCUGCCAAGGCUGUGCCACCUCCUGACUGUCUCCGAGCUGCCAUGCGCAUGUGGUAUUGCCCACUCUGUCGGGGUUAUACAUCCCUCCUGCCCUGCCACGGACUUUGCCUCAAUGUCUUGAAAGGCUGCCUCGCACACCAGGCGGACAUGGAUGCGGACUGGAACAGUUUGAUAGAUGGGCUGCAGGAGGUGGCUGAGCGAUUGGUAGGAUCUUUUAACGUGGAGCUUGCUGCAGAUUCGAUAGCAGUGAAAAUAUCAGAAGCCAUAAUGAAACUGCAGGAGGAGAGUGUACAGCUAACUGCUCAGAUCUUCCAGUCCUGUGGAACCCCGCCUCCAUCGCGCUCACGACGCUCCCCACCAGAAGACCCCAAGAGAAAGUUUCGAGUUUACAGCAAUGAUGAGAAGCCCACGUCAGCAGCCGGCACCAAUAUAGACAGACUGGUGUCAGAGGUGGUGUCUAAGCUCCGCCCACUGCGUGGUCUUUGGAAGCUCCUCCCUCUGUCCCUUUGCUCUGAUAACAGAGUCUCUGCUGGUCUUAGUAACCAAGAUAAAUGUUGGAAUGGACAGUCGAGAGGGCGGUACCUCCCACAGGUGACAGGUGACGGUGUGGUGAAUCAGAUUAAUAACCCAGAGGUGGAGUUGCCGAUGUCACCUCCAGACCCCAGAACACGCCAGCUGGGCAUACAACUGCGUGUAGUCAGGAGUAAACUGCAGGCCGCAUACAGAGGGAGGGACAGCGACACCCAGGAUACCUUUGACGAAGGCAGUGGAAGCUCGGGCGGAGGUGACCCAGUCACUGAGAAACCUGUAAUCAAGGUCCAGAACCGAGACACCAAAUACAAGAAGUAUCCAGGGAAGGAUAAGAAGAAGGAUGAGAAGAAUGAGACCGGUGGGAAAAAAAGGGGACGGGCGGAAAAGAAGAAGGUUUGGUGCUGAUGCAGGGUGGUCUAUAACCCCAACGUACAGUAUGACAUUUGGGGUGUUGCUCAUGGGACUUGUUCUAUCUGCCUGA